AGAAAAAAAAUCAUACAAACUUUGGAGUCAGGGAGGCAUAAGAUAUAAAGCAAGCAGAGUUGGAAACAAUGAGAAAAUAGGCCCACCCCCACCUCAGGGAGGUUCCAGGGAAGAACCUCCCACCCCCACUUCAGGAAAGUUCCAGGGAAGAACCCCACCCCUACUCCAACCAGGUCACAAUGGCUGGAGCUCUGAAGGGUCCAGGCCCCCUGAGCCAGGAGGAGAGGAGGAAGUCCAAGGAAAGAUGGCUGGCAGUCACCCCUACUUCAACCUGCCCGACUUCACUCAGCCAUCGCCAUCCUCUACUCCGCCCAGCCUCCCCUCGCACCAGCGCUGCCGGCCCUCUGAUGCCACCAAGGGUCUGCUCGUGGCCCUGCUGGGUGGGGGCCUGCCCGCUGGCUUCGUGGGCCCCUUCUCCCGUAUGGCUUACCAGACUUCUCACUUACCCUCACUGGAGCUGCUCAUCUGUCGAUGCCUCUUCCACCUCCCCAUUGCCCUGCUACUUAAACUGCGUGGUGACCCACUGUUGGGACCUCCUGAUGUACGGGGCCGGGCCUGCCUCCACGCUCUGCUCAACGUCCUCAGCAUUGGAUGCGCCUACAGUGCAGUUCAGGUGGUGCCCGCUGGCAACGCUGCGACCGUCCGCAAAGGUUCUUCCACUGUCUGCUCUGCUCUCCUUGCCCUCUGUCUCGAGAGCCAGGGUCUCAGUGGCUACGACUGGUGUGGCCUGUUGGGCAGCACCCUAGGACUAAUCAUCAUUGUGGGACCUGGACUAGGGACACUGCAGGAGGGGACCACAGGUCUCUACACCGCCCUGGGCUAUGUGCUCGCUUUCCUGGGCGGCCUGGCACUGUCUCUGGGGCUUCUGGUAUAUCGCUCCCUGGACUUCCCCUCAUGCCUACCGACAGUGGCUUUCCUGUUUGGCUUGGUGGGGCUCGUGGGUUCCGUACCAGGCCUCUUUCUGCUGCAGACCCCUGUGCUGCCCAAUGAUCCUCUGAGUUGGAGCUGUGUGGGGGCAGUGGGGAUCCUCGCCCUGGUCUCCUUUGUGUGUGUGAGUUAUGCGGUCACCAAGGCCCACCCUGCCCUGGUGUGUGCUGUCCUGCACUCUGAGGUGGUGGUGGCCCUGAUGCUGCAGUAUUAUGUGCUCUAUGAGACCGUGGCACCUUCUGACAUCAUGGGGGCGGGGGUCGUAUUGGGCAGUAUUGCCAUCAUCACUGCCCAGAACCUCAGCUGUGAGAGGGAAGGGCAGGUAGAGGAGUGAGAUCGGCUUGAGAGGCUGGGGAUUGGGGAGGGGGGCAGGGGUAAAUAGGAGAGACUGGAAUACAAACAUGGGAAAAUAAGUGACUGGAAAAGAACUGGUGUGGGAGAGGGACACUCCUUGGAGUCAAUGGUAACUUGGGGACUUGGUGGAGAGGGAUUGGCUGGAAGACCUGGAACAAGCCUGGGGACCAAGAGAUGUGGAAUCUAGGCUGGGGCUUGGGGAUCAGGGCACAACUAAGGGGAAAGUCUGAGAUCAAAGGGGCUGAGGCAGGCAGACCAUGAGCCAUAGGGGGAUUUUUCCCUCAGCAGCAGAGAAGAGUUUUGGGGCUGGAGUGUUUGGGGCUUUCAGGCAAACAGAGCAAGCAGCUACGCUGGAAGAAGGGAGUCUCCUUUUUUUUUCCUUGAGUGAGAUUUCCCUUCUCGAUGCUUAUGACCCCUCCUCAACUUGGGUGGUGACGUGACAUUGACAUCAAAACAAGGAUCACUCUGAAUGUGGCUGCGCAGUUGGUGUCAUCUCUGCUUUGGAAGGAUAGUGGAAGUCCUACCCGGCUCUUAUUGGAAAAUAAUUUGGAAUGCCCGCCCCUCCCAAUCUUAGUUUUGAAAUAGUCUAGAAGGGGGAGGAUUUCCUGACGUUCACAUGCCUUGACCCUGAAUCUCCCAGGGCUUGUGUUCCACCCCACGGCUAAUCUGCUUUUCCUGGAUUGUCACGGUCCCGUGAUCGCUCUCCCGAACGGCGGCCAGCCUCCUUCCGGAGCAGGCCUUUCAGCUGAGGUCUUUUCGAGCGGAUCAGGCUAGGGAUCCAGGACCAGAGUUCCAUACAGCGCUCAAUUAGAGACCAGGAGAUGCCCACCCGUCCCAGAAGGCCGCUCAAUAAAUAACAGCUACUUCCGGACAAGCAACAAGCCUCGCCAUCUUGAUAUGUUCAUGCAUAUUCAGCGCGGUUACUGCAUAUUCAUGACCAAAGACGGCCCCAGCACUCCCCCGUCCGGGAACCCACUUGGGAGGACCCUGCCGGCCCCGCCUCCUUUAUUACCAAUUAGCAGGACAAACCAUUUUCCAGCGUGGGGGAGGUAUUAAUGGCAGACUUUUCCUGAAGGAAACACACUCCACACUAGAAUAAAAGCGGCCUAUAUUUAUCCUUGAUCCUUCAAACCUUAAACCUCAGUGCGGGAGUAAGUAAUAAGGGGAGGUGGCGGGAUAA